CGUUCGCAGACCGUUUAAGUCCAACCGUCGACCGGCUCUCGCUUGAGGCCUAUUCAGCAGAGAUUGAUCCUUUUCUCAAUGACACACAACGUGGUCUAAAGGAUCAAUCUCGGCGAACAGGUCUGCAGGCAAGGCAAGCCGAGGCCUGUACAUAGAAGCAUGAAAGUGUCGUCAACUCGCUGCCGAAGAGCAACAUGCACUCCCGCACCCCUCGUCUCAACACAGCAGCGAAAAAAUCCCCCUCUCACUUCAUUUGUCAGACUCGCAUGAAGAUAGAUGGAUAAGUCAUUUCCUCCGCCUUUUGACCUUCCUCCUCCGUGUCCCCUGCUUUGUGCCAGCCCCGACAGCUCCUUUCUUCUCCUCUGCCUUGUCGCCCUUCCUGGCGAUGAAGUUGCGCGGGAAGGCCGUCUUGGUGAGGCCCUCCAGGAACAGAUUGAUGAUCUCACUCUCGCCAAACAGCGGCUUCAGCAGGGGCCUGUCGUCGCCGUCAUAGCGCGACACUCGAAGCGUGGGGCUGCCGGUGCCCGCACCCUCCAGAGCAAACCUGAGGAAGAACAGGAGCGGAAACAAUUCAUGAGCGCUGAUGUUUGUCUGCUUGUCUGUGUGCCUUACUUGAGAUAUCCCUCUGUAAAUGCGUUGAAGCUCUCGUCAAGAUACUCCCACACCAUGGCCACGCUGUCCGCCUUCCUCUCUAUCGCCGUCGGCCGCGCACCGACGGACCGCCUGGAUGCAGUCGCAGCCCCGAUGGCUUCCCUGCCCCACUCCUCGCGAACCCAUGCCAAGAACGCCUCGGGUCUCUCAGCUUUGGCCAGAUCCAUCACCAGCACGUCGCACGCAUACUUGUCGUCCAGCCGCGAUAGCUGCUCCUGCCACACAUAGUCUGAGGGAGGGGUGGGGUCCUCGAGGGAGAAGACCGUCACGUCAAGAGCCGCCUCGCCGUCACCCCCAUAUUCGACGCUGUCGAGGUUCUCCAGACACUGGACGGCCGCCUUGGCCACCUGGUCGCGCCGCGUGACAGUCUCUCCCGUGACCUUGCCCAAGGAGACAGUGCGGCUCAUGCGCACACCUUGCUUGACGUAAAACUCGUCCAGCUGAGGGGCACGGAGUGGGCCAGAGAGGAACGGAGUCGGCUCGCCCAGGCCUCCGAUUAGCCUCCCGUAGCGCACGAUGACAGGACGGAUAGAGGGCUUGGACGACACAUACUUGGAGAUGACCUGGUCGAGUGGGUCUUGCUUUCGCUUGAGCAUCUUGAGCAGGCCGCCCUUGUAUCCCGUUUCCCCCGACUGCGGGACGGUGGCAACAACGCUCUUGAGUGAAGACGCUUGCGACAAAAUGGAAGACGUCAGCGAGUCCCACUGGAUCUGAAGAUACCGACAAAGGCAUCCAUUAGUAUCGCAUGUGUGUGACCACUUGGGGACGCUUUCUUGCCUGACCUGGUCUUCGAUCUCUUCUUCAAGCUCUUCCUCCAGCAGGAGGGCAUCGGCCGCUUGCGCCUUGCCCGUCUGCAUUGCCCUUAUCCGCUCCUCUGUCCUGAGCCGCCGCGACUUCAUCUCACUCCCGUCAUCAGGCGACACGAGCAACACAUCCGCCGUCUUGAUGCCGUCCACCAGCUGCUGCGGCACGCUGUCACUCAAUAGAUCAACCACAGCCACGUCGGCCUUCUGCUUGAGCGUGUCCAGUGCAUCAUGUCCAAGGGGCUGAGUGGACUCGCUUUGGUGCAGGAAGGCCCGCACCGAGUAUGACGGAUUCUCCGCCAGCUGAAGCGCCAGGAGGCGGCCGAUGCCGCCCACCUCCCCGCACACUACUGCUGAGGUCUUCGAGUCGGCCAUCUGCAGUCGUGACGAUGAAUAGAGAGGACGAACGGGCCUUCGUUGCGGCAUCGACUGAGAGAGGGGGGGCAGUCGAUGGAAGGCAUGCGUCACGGGAAGCACGACCAGUGCCAGGAAGAUCCGCGGCCAGCGCCUUCGCCAGCUCUCCCAGUCUGACAUCGUUUUGCCCUCGACUCGCCGAGGUCGUGAGAUGGUAUGAAG